AUUUCCCUGAACGAGAGAGGGCCCCCCACCCCCUCCCCCUCCCCCCUCUCAAUAACAUGGCGCAAAGGAACGGUUGUCGCGGCCGUGUGCGCUGUUGCCGUCGUUGCCACGGUUGCCACACUUGCCGUCUUCGCUCAGGAUGGCGGCGCAGCUACAAAGACAGAGCAUCCCCACCCGCACGUAUCCUCCGACCGGCAGAUGAUUGGCGAUGCUGCAGGCCUUAUGCGAGGUUCCAAUGUCUUUAAACAGUUGCUUUCGGGUCUUCUGACAGCAACCAAAGAACACGAGGCUGGGCAGCGGGCAUCUCAGAAGACAGCUGGAGUCGGGCAGGAGAUUGCAGAGCCGGAAUUCAAGGAGGAGCAGGUAAAGCUUGAGAACGACGAAGCUUACGAAGGAGGGCCACGUCCUUAUCCUCCAAGCCGCGUUCAAGCUUCAUUCGUUCCUCCUCCUGAUGACCCGAACUUCAAACAGGAGGUCAUACAGCUGGAGAAUCCGACCGAGCACGACCAGCCGAGGGCAGAGGAGAAGGAGGAAGCGAAGGAGGUGGAGAAGAAAAGAGAACAAAGGGAUACUGCAACUAAAGUAGAGACUGGUGAGGCGGAAGUAAAAGAGGAAGAGGAGAGUCACGAGAAAAAGGUGGAGGAGCCCGCGAAGAAGGUGGAGAAGGUUGAGGAAAAGAUGGAGAAGCCAGCGGAAAAGGUGGAGAAGCCGGAGGAAAAGGUGGAGAAGUUUGAGGAAACGAUGGAGAAGCCCGCGGAAAAGGUGGAGAAGAUUGAGGAAAAGAUGGAGAAGCCCGCGGAAAAGGUGGAGAAGCCCGAGAAGAAGGUGGAGAAGCCCGCGGAAAAGGUGGAAAAGGUUGAGAUAAAAAUGGAGAAGCCCGCGGAAAAGGUGGAAAAGCUCGUGGAAAUGGUGGAGAAGCCCGCGGAAAAGGAGACACACGCAAAAAAAUUGGAGAAAUCCACUACAGAACUACAGUCACCUCACAACAAAGAAUUCGUAGUGUGCGAGACGCCUGAGUGUGCAGUAGCAGCCUCGCAGAUCUCGGAGAGUCUUGACCUUUCGACGAAUCCUUGCGAGAACUUUUACCAAUUCGCGUGUGGAGGAUGGAUGGACAAACACCCGAUCCCCGAGUCAGGAGCCACCGGCACAUUCUACGAAGCAGGAGACGUCUUGACGAAACGUCUUCGACUCAUUCUCGAGAGUCCUGUCUCACCUGGCGAGGCAGAACCUUUGCAUAUGGUAAACCGCUUCUAUGAGACUUGUAUGGACACGGAUACCAUGGACAGCCUGGGACUUCAACCCUUAGUCACAAGCCUCAGUAACCAAGGAGGCUGGCCCAUGGUUACCGACGGCUGGGACCCCGCCGCCUUCAACCUGGCUUCUGCUCUCGUGCACCUCCGCUCCAUCAACGUAUAUCCGAUCUUUGGCGUGGGCGUCGACGCGAAUGUCUACAACGUCUCCGGAAGGGUUAUUUACGUGCAAGCAGGCACGGUGCCCCUCGGGAUAUCACUCAUGGCCCAGGCCAACGACGCCGUGCUGACCGCCUACCGCACCUACAUGACAGACGCGGCCAAGGAACUGCGUCAGGAGUUGGGGUCGAGUGUUACCGACGAAGAGAUAGCGACGCAGGUGCAGGAGGUGGUCGACUUCGAGAUCGCUUUUGCCAAGAUGGUGAUAGUGGCAGCUGGCGCAUCGACAGACAGCGGUUGGGAAACGAGCGUAGCUGGAAUUCAGGCUGACCUUGAUGACGGUGUUCCUGGGCAGUUUAACUUCCUAGCCUUCAUGAAGGAGAUGUUCACCAACACGGAGGUUAUGAUCAACGAGGACGAGCCUAUUAUCUCCUUCAAGAGUACGUUCUUCGCGAACUUAACUACCUUGCUGGCUGACACGCCCCCGCACACUAUCGCCAACGCCAUCGGCUGGUGGUGGGUGUACGACAUUGGGCAAGAGACGACCUACGCCAUGAGGAACAUCAGCUUCAACUUCCAGCAGGCGUUGACGGGCGCGACGGAGCCGACGCCGAGGUGGGAGCACUGCCUCCCCCAGGCCAAUUACAACCUGGGAUUCGCUCUCUCCAGGGCCUACAUCGAUAGGUUCUUCCCCGCGACGGCCAAGGAUGAGACAAGCGAGCUGGUGGAGGACCUUCGCGCGGCCUUCAACUCUCUCCUGGACGAGAACACGUGGAUGCUGGCGGAGGACCUGGCCGUCGCGAGGGAGAAGCUGGCGGCGAUCGACCCCUUCGUCGCUUAUCCGGAAUGGAUCAUGGACGACGCCGAACUCACCAACGGAUACGAGGAUCUGGAAAUAUUAUCCGGAAAGGAGUACGAUAAUUUAUUGGCAAUUGGCAACUGGUUCAACAGGAAUUCGCUCGCGUCGCUGAGAGAAGUGCCUGAGCAUUCAUUCCUUUUUCCUCCAACGGUGGUCAACGCGUUUUACAACCCUCAGGAAAAUACAAUUACCAUACUCGCCGGGAUUCUACAGACGCCCUUCUACGCCCACAACACCCUCGCCGCCCUUAACUACGGAGGCAUCGGCAUGGUCAUCGGGCACGAGAUGACCCAUGGCUUCGAUAACACAGGGCGUCUCUUCGACAAGCAAGGAAACCUGGUUCAGUGGUGGAGCGACGAAACCAUUGUAGCUUAUGAAGAGCGUGCAAAGUGCUUCGUUGACCAAUACAAUGGCUAUAUUCCACCUGAACUCAUCGAAGCCGGCUUGAACAUCUCGGUGGACGGCCUACAAACGGAAGGCGAGAACAUAGCAGACAACGGCGGGAUCAGAGAAGCAUAUAAAGCCUACCAACUGUUCGUAGAGCGGUAUGGAGAAGAGCCGCGGUUGCCUGGCCUCGACGAAUUCACUCCCGACCAUCUCUUCUACCUCGGAUUCGCUAAUGUCUGGUGCGAACACAAGACUGCCCAAUCCGUUUUGACUCAGCUGGCAGUAGACCCUCACUCUCCAGGAAGGUUCAGGGUCUUGGGGUCUCUCUCUAACGACGCCGAAUUCUCCCGCGUGUGGAACUGCCCUGCCGGUUCACCAAUGAAUCGUGGCGAUGAUAGCUGCCUCCUGUGGUAGUGGCUGAAGGAGGGAAGGUGGAGAGGACGAGGGAGGAGGUGAAUGGUGAAAAUGGAUGAUUUACGUGGAAAUCUAUUGGUGAAAAUAUUUUUUUUAACGAAAUUUGGGUUUAUAUUGUGAUAAAGCCGUAUGUUAAAACAAUACUAAUUGGAUUCAUACUGCCUUAUGUAUAAACUUUUUGUUUGUGUUUAUUAUUUUUUUCUGGCUAAUUUCCUUUUAAUGAAGUCUGAUUAGUUUGAUAUUUUGCAAACUUGAAUACUGAAACAAGUUACUUCAUAAAGUAAAUCAAUUGGACUGUUGAUAAAAAAAAAUUCACGUGUAAGACGAACAAAUAUAUGUAUUAUACAAUAACCAAUAAAUAAUACAUUUAUAACCAUA